UUUCUCAGGAAAAAUCAAGAUGGGGGUAGUCAGUUUCGCCCAAGAAUCCGAAUCGCCGGUAGCUCCAGGGCGCUUAUUCAAGGCCUUGAUACUCGACUCACACAAUCUGUGCCCCAAGCUCAUGCCUCAGUCGAUCAAAAGCAUUGACAUCAUCCAAGGAGAUGGAGGAGUUGGAACCAUCAAGCUAACCAACUUCACCCGAGGCAUUCACAUCAAGCACAGGAUUGAUGAAGUUGAUAAUGAGAAGUGUCGGUGCAAGUUCACGUUGAUAGAAGGGGAUGUGAUGGGGGAGAAGCUGAGGUCCGCAGCGUAUGAGAUUGAGUUCAUGGAUGAUGGUGAAGGAGGGAGCAUUUGCAGGAUGUUGAGUGAGUACGAGACAGUGGGAGAUGUUGUGUUCAGAGAUGAGGAUAUAGAGGAAGGGAAAGAGAAGGCGACGGAGCUGUUUAAGCCUGUUGAGGCCUUCCUCUUGGCAAAUCCUGAUGCUUAUGCUUAGUGCUACGUGCUUAUUGUCCGUAUGAUUAGAAGUGAGUUAUGCUAUAGAAAAGGUAGCAUUUUCCUUUGAUGUGGAUAUAUUAUAAUAAAUUAAUCAUUUCAAGUCAAAAUUUCUGGUCUAUACUAUUAUUCCACACCGUCCCUUAA